AAUGGCAGGCGAGAGAGGGGGCGGGUUUGUUUUCGCUUCGGUUCCUCACAAUAUUCUUCCCUGAAGGAGAGAGAGGAGGCCGGAGAGGCUGAAUUAACGAGAAAUUUGUUGAGAAGACAAAACUGGAUUAUCCUUGUGAAACAGAAGAUUCAACGAUGGAGCCUGUCCAUAUUAAACAGGAGAGACCUGUACUAGAAUCAGUCCAUAUUAAAGAGGAGAGUCCUGUACUGGAAUCAGUCCAUAUUAAAGAGGAGAGUCCUGAACUAGAAUCAGUCCAUAUUAAAGAGGAGAGUCCUGUACUGGAAUCAGCCCAUAUUAAAGAGGAGAGUCCUGAACUAGAAUCAGCCUGUAUUAAAAGGGUUAUUCUCAAUUCUAACCCCUUAAGCAGCUUUCAGGGCUCUCUUACCUGUGGUGACUGUGGGAAGAGUUUCAGUCAGUCAGGCACUUUGAAAAGACAUCAGAGAAUCCACACAGGCGAGAAGCCACAUCACUGUGAUGACUGUGGGAAGAGUUUCAGAGAGCCAAGGGACUUCCAAAUACACCAGCGAAUCCACACUGGAGAGAAACCGUAUACCUGUGCAGAGUGUGGGAAGAGUUUCACGCAGUCGCAGAGCCUGAAACGUCACCAGCAAACCCACACUGGAGAGAAACUACACAUCUGUGGUGACUGUGGGAACAGUUUCAGUCAGUUACAAAACCUGCAACUUCACCAGCGAAUCCACACUGGAGAGAAACCGCAUGUCUGUGCUGACUGUGGGAAGAGUUUCAGAGAUUUACAAAGCCUGAAACUUCACCAGCGAAUCCACACUGGAGAGAAACGAUAUGUCUGUGGUGACUGUGGGAAGAGAUUCAGCUGGUCAAGCACAUUGAAAAGACACGAGCGAAUCCACACAGGAGAGAAGCCGAAUGUCUGUGCCGACUGCGGGAAGAGUUUCACACGUUUACAAAACCUGAAACUUCACCAGCGAAUCCACUCUGGAAGAGAAACCGUAUACCUGUGCUGACUGUGGGAGGAGUCUCAGAGAUUUACAAAACCUGAAACUUCACCAGCGAAUCCACUCUGGAAGAGAAACCGUAUACCUGUGCUGACUGUGGGAGGAGUCUCAGAGAUUUACAAAGCCUGAAACUUCACCAGAGAAUUCACACAGAAGGGAAACCAAGAUGUCGGUGGUGACUGUGGGAGGAGUUUCAGAUGGAUAUACAGCUUGAGAGGCACCAGCGAAUCCACACAACAGAGAAACCUUCUCACCCAACCUUCUCCCAUAACAUUCGAGAUCUGCUUCAAAGGACUGGAUAUUAGCAACAGAGGGUCGUAAGGAUUUGAAUUGGUUUCAGUUCAGAUUACCUGCCAGUCUGGUCUAAACAAACAGAGCUGAUUCUUAUCUGUUAAUUAAGAAAGUCUGUCUGAAAGCCAGGAUACAACUUCCUAUGAAGGGUUAAGAAUUGCGACACCUGGUGGAUACGAGGCGCCAUGACUUUCAACCCAUGAAAUGAAUUGUUAUCCUGAAACACAAGUGAAUGAAACUGACAUGUUUAUCCUUCUGUGAUCAAUAUAACUAGCGAGCACAAAAUGAAGUUUUGUUCUAUACAUGUUUCGAAUCCUGCUCUCUCUCUCUCUCUCUUUUUCUCUCUCUCUCUCUAUGGAGGAGGGUCGCUUCCUGUGUUAAUGACGCACAUUGCGAAUACAAAUACACACAAUACAGCACUGUGCAAAAGAGCUGGCCAAAACAUUAGGAACACCUGCCAUACACACACAGCAUGCAAAUACACACAAUACAGCACUGUGCAAAAGAGCUGGCCAAAACAUUAGGAACACCUGCCAUACACACACAGCAUGCAAAUACACACAAUACAGCGCUGUGCAAAAGAGCUGGCCAAAACAUUAGGAACACCUGCCAUACACACACAGCAUGCAAAUACACACAAUACAGCACUGUGCAAAAGAGCUGGCCAAAACAUUAGGAACACCUGCCAUACACACACAGCAUGCAAAUACACACAAUACAGCACUGUGCAAAAGAGCUGGCCAAAACAUUAGGAACACCUGCCAUACACACACAGCAUGCAAAUACACACAAUACAGCGCUGUGCAAAAGAGCUGGCCAAAACAUUAGGAACACCUGCCAUACACACACAGCAUGCAAAUACACACAAUACAGAACUGUGGAAAAGAGCUGGCCAAAACAUUAGGAACACCUGCCAUACACACACAGCAUGCAAAUACACACAAUACAGCACUGUGCAAAAGAGCUGGCCAAAACAUUAGGAACACCUGCCAUACACACACAGCAUGCAAAUACACACAAUACAGCACUGUGCAAAAGAGCUGGCCAAAACAUUAGGAACACCUGCCAUACACACACAGCAUGCAAAUACACACAAUACAGCACUGUGCAAAAGAGCUGGCCAAAACAUUAGGAACACCUGCCAUACACACACAGCAUGCAAAUACACACAAUACAGCACUGUGCAAAAGAGCUGGCCAAAACAUUAGGAACACCUGCCAUACACACACAGCAUGCAAAUACACACAAUACAGCACUGUGCAAAAGAGCUGGCCAAAACAUUAGGAACACCUGCCAUACACACACAGCAUGCAAAUACACACAAUACAGCGCUGUGCAAAAGAGCUGGCCAAAACAUUAGGAACACCUGCCAUACACACACAGCAUGCAAAUACACACAAUACAGCACUGUGCAAAAGAGCUGGCCAAAACAUUAGGAACACCUGCCAUACACACACAGCAUGCAAAUACACACAAUACAGCACUGUGCAAAAGAGCUGGCCAGAACAUUAGGAACACCUGCCAUAGACACACAGCAUGCAAAUACACACAAUACAGCACUGUGCAAAAGAGCUGGCCAAAACAUUAGGAACACCUGCCAUACACACACAGCAUGCAAAUACACACAAUACUGCACUGUGCAAAAGAGCUGGCCAAAACAUUAGGAACACCUGCCAUACACACAGUCCUGUUCAGUUUGACACUACAAUAUAAUCCCUUCUUCUUGGUGUCUGUGUUAGUUUACUACAUUCUGAAAAGAGUUUAGAAUACAAUAAAGCCAGUAAUGUAAGCAAUGUUCUGCCUGCCUGGAACUAGAAUGGGGAAUGUAAACUAACUGGAAAGUCAUCAAUCUAGUUUCUGAUGAACUAGUUCUGCACAGAAAGCUGAACUCUGGUAGAAUGUAGCAAACAUUCACUCAGGAAUAAUAUUGUAGUUUCUGUAGAGGCUCUUAUCCAAUUGUAGAUUCAGUGGUUUACCACGAUUGAUUAGACUGAAACAGAAACACUGUUAAACUGAAGUCUAGUGGAACAAUGUAUUAAACACGCACCCAUGCAAUCGUAUUGACUGUGAAACUGCACACAGAUGUGUUUCACCGGCGCUGUGUCGUUUUCCUGCAGCCAGUACUUGCGUGGAGGCCUGGCGCCAUCUACUGGGAGACGUGAGAAUAGCAGGGAGAGGGUUGCAUUCAUUUCAAUGGGAGAGAGAUUAUUAAGACUCCAAACGGUAUCUGGAAAGUUAAUACUCCAGUUUAAAUGUGUCUGUAUUAUACAAGACAGUGAUACACAUACAUAAGGUAUUAUUAGCCAUUUGUAGCGUUAUAAAUUAAUCGGCUAUGAACCAACAAUAACUUCUCAUUUUUUAACUGACAGAUCAGCUGCUAACCUUUGUUAAUGUUUUAUAUAAUUAAUACAACUAUAAUCUGUGUGCUUGUUUUAAAUAAAUAAAAUAAUCUCAUGUU